GUUUCCCAAGAGAACCAUCUCACUGAAAGGCCUGUAAUGGACUGGUGGCUCUCAUAGUGCAACGCAACCCACUCAACUCUAGUUAAGAUAGUGGCCAGGAAGAAAGCAGGUUAUGUGGUAUGUUUAUCAUUGAUGACUAAAUGAAUGGCCAAUAUUAGGUGCUUUCCUCCUCUUGAACCGGUAUGCUUUGGAGAGAAUUUAGUAGCAGGAAAAACGCAAACAAGAUUCAGACCUCCUGUUCCUAAUUACGGAAAGAAUCCCACUCUCUUAGAGAAGACCUGUGAUUUGCUCAGAAAUUUUCCAGAAUACUUUGAUGUGGUUGUCAGUGUUGCAAGAAAAAUUGAUGGUCGACAUUGGGCGGAUUUACCGUCUGCUGCUGGGAGAUCAACAGACUACUUUUUCUUCGUUUCUCUUGUUUUAUUCUUUCUUUUGCCUUCUGAUUUGAAACAACAUUGCUUUACAUUUGCAGUGUAUAAAAGGUUGUUUGAGGAAUGCUUCCAACGUAGAUGGUACCGGACUGCUGCCUGCUAUAUACUUGUCAUUGCAAAGGUUGAAGGUGCUGCAGUCAGUCAAUAUUGUGCCUUGCGUUUAUUACAGGCAACACUUGAUGAAUCGUUAUAUGAACUCGCUGGGGAGCUGUUGAGGUUCUUGCUGAGAUCUGGAAGGGAAUAUGAACAGCCAUCAACAGAUUCAGACAGACUAUCUCCCAAAAUUUUGGGCUAUUUCGGUUUCCGUACUAACUUCAGAAAGCAGUCCUUGGAUAAGAGCACCUCAUUUAAGGAGCAGAACGCACGUGUUGCUUCCGCGAAGAAUAUCGUAGAAAGCCAUGCUAACCUUUUGAUGUCAGGCAAAGAGCUCUCAAAGCUAGUUGCAUUUGUGAAAGGCGCUCAGUUUGAUUUAGUGGAAUAUCUUCAAAGAGAGCGAAAUGGAAGUGCUUGGCUGGAGAAUUUUGCUUCAGGGCUGGAAUUAAUAGGACAAAAGGCAUCAGAAUCUGAAAAUCCCUUUAUUCAAGUGUUCUUUCUUCUUUUUAUUUUUGUUAAGAAAUUAAGCCACAUUGUCACAUCUUACAGAAGUUAUUGCGUUUUGCCUUACUGAAUGAACAUGGUUCUCUUUUUCCAGCUCCAAAUGGGUACAUACCAGAGCCGGUUUGAUGCAGAAUUCCUUUUGGCAUAUCUGUGCUCUGUCAAUUUCAAAGAGUGGAUUGCUGUCCUGGCCACUCUUUUAAGACGAUCUGAGGUUCAAUUCGAUCUUUUCCAGCACGAUAUGCGGUUGUGGAAAGCAUAUAGCAUCACCCUGCAGUCACAUCCCGCAUUAACUGAAUACCAUGAUCUUCUUGGAGAUUUGACCAGAGACUGUCAUGAUGUCAUCCACCACAACUUUUGAAGAGAAAUGAGGUUAUAGUUGGACCUAGUAAUGAAUGUCGAUCCGAUCAUGUGAAGAUCAAUAGGCAACUGAUUCACACUGGUGCGACAUCGAAGGUCUACUCAUAUAAAUUUUUAUUUAUUACAAUAAUCAAAUUACCGGUCUCACUGGAAUUAGAUAGUCUUGUAGAAAAAAUGAUGGCUGGAAACUUCUGUUAGGGAGUUCUAUAUGAUGUCUUUGUUUGAGUUUUAUGCAAGGUUCUAAAAGACACUAGGCACUAGUCGGGCAGCAGGCUGGGGCAUAGCGCCUGGGCGGAUUUCAGUAAGAGUCGUAACCUAGGUGGGUGCCUAGGUGGGUUUAGUUGGGCUAGGCAGACGCCUAAGCGGGUUUAAGCACACUUUCUUCAUUUUCAAACGCCUAGAGACUAAUCGGGAUGAUGACCAACCGUCUAGCCUAGGCAGGGAUUUUUAGAAUAGUGGUUUUAUGUUUAGUUUUUUUCUUCCUUCGUCACGUUUUGUAUAAUUUCUUUUUAGGUAGUAUUCUAAGGCUGUUUUAUAUGAGUUACAUGGGCAAUUUUUGCAUUUUUUUAAGCAGAUUUGUUUUCUCUCAACA